UAAACAUGAACCAGAAACAAAUUAAGCAAAAUCAAACAUUUCCAUUGAAAGCAAAAGUAGCUUGAAUGCUUGUUUGGUGAUUUGUCUUAUGAUAACAGAUGUCUUAACAACAACCCUGUUCUCCGCGUCCUGUCUUCAAAUCAAAGUAUCAAACCACCACCGAUCCAAACCUCCGAUGACACAUGUUCCAUCCCCAACAAGAUUUCAUUUUUCUGUAACCCUUUAUACCUCAUUCCAUUUUCUGCAUCUGGGUCUCUUCCUCUCCCUCCAAAAUUAAAUCUUUCCAUCUGGGCCAUUGAGUUUUGCCUCUAGGGUUGAUUGGUGCUUGUUGAGAUGCUAGUUGUUGAUUCAUGUUCCUCUGUGAUUGCAUGAACCGUGAUGGCUUUGGAUUUGGAAUGUCACAAUGAGUGCUUUGAAUAGAAGCAUUUCCUUCAACAGGGCUGCAUCUUUCAAUCGGAAGACUUUAAGCGUUGGAAGUCCUAGAGUUAAUGUUAGCCAUAACCGAUUCGGAUGUGUUUCUCUCAGGCUUCAGGUUCUUGUGAUUAUUGGUUCUGUGAUUUCCUUCUUUGUAGCGGUUGGUGGUGGCUACAUGUAUUUGCUUCCUAGUCUCAGGCUAGCGUUUUUUCAUAACCAAGCUCUCAUUUCAGAUAACAACAAUGGAUCAGUGAGGAACUGUGAUGUGUUUGAUGGAAGCUGGGUCCAGGUUCCUGAUUCCCCUUUGUAUAAUGCUACAGAGUGUCCUUUUGUGGAACAAGGAUUUGAUUGUUUAGAGAAUGGGAGGGAUGACAUGGAUUAUCUUACAUGGAGGUGGAAGCCUAAAGGUUGUGAAAUUCCAAGGUUUGAUGUGCGUGGAGUUUUGGAAAUGCUGAGAAGCAAAAGGGUUGUUUUUGUUGGUGAUUCAAUGAGUAGAACUCAGUGGGAGUCUCUGAUUUGUAUGCUGAUGGCUGGGGUGGAGGAUAAGGAGAGUGUUUAUGAAGUGAAUGGGAAUAGGAUAACAAAGAGGAUUAGAUUCUUAGGUGUCAGGUUCAGUGCCUUCAAUUUCACCAUUGAGUUUUUUCGCUCUGUUUUCCUGGUGCAGCAGGGGAAGGUGCCUUGGCAUGCACCAAAGAGGGUGAAAUCAACACUUUUGUUGGACAAGUUAGAUGAUAUAAGUGACCAGUGGAUUAAUUCUGAUAUUCUUAUAUUCAACACUGGACAUUGGUGGGUGCCAUCUAAGCUUUUUGAUCUAGGAUGCUUUUUCAAGGUUGGAAACUCUCUGAAGCUUGGGAUGUCUAUUCCUGAUGCCUUUAAAAUUGCACUUGAAACUUGGACAUCAUGGGUUGAGAGAAAGAUUGAUAAAAAUAGAACUCGCGUCUAUUUUAGAACUUUUGAGCCAUCUCACUGGAGUGAUUCUACCCGUAGGACUUGCAAUGUGACCCAGUACCCGUCAUUAGAAACUGAUGGAAGGGAUCAAAGCUUGUUUUCAGACAUUGCUUUGGAAGUUGUGAAGAAUGUUACCAGUCCUAUAAAUGUUCUCCAUGUUACUUCUAUGUCGGCUUUCCGGAGUGAUGCACAUGUUGGUAACUGGAGUGACAAUCCAACUAUUCAGGAUUGUAGCCACUGGUGUCUACCUGGAGUACCUGAUAUGUGGAAUGAAAUCAUCCUGUCCCAACUUUUUACUGAAUAUGAAAUCCCUUUUCAGCAAAUGGAAUCACAUGAUUAGAGACUAACAACAUUCUUAGUAAUUACAAGGCUACCUCAAAAAAUUCAGAUGCUUCAUGAUAUGGAUCAGAUUUCAUUCUCAUGCUAACUCCACAAAUCUGAAGCCAUCUCUUUUUGCAAUUGUUGACCUUGACAUGGGAUUGGUAUCCUUGCUGCUCCCGGUUUCAGAGGAUCACAACAGUUUUGUGAAUAUACUCAAUAUUGCACCAGAUUUUGUAAAAGUAAGUUCCAGAUAGGCAUUAAGAUUGUACCUGGUUCUCUACAACCAAGAGAUGAAACCGAAUAUAUUUUUAAUUGAUUUUCCAAUUCUUUGUAUCCCGGAAAAUGUAUUGUCUGGGAGUUAACAAAUUUGUCUGCAUGUCAUGACUUUUGGUUUUGGCCGUGACGAUGCUAUUGUUUGCCAUAACAAAAGAGAAAGAGAAGAAAUAGUAAAUCAAUCAAUUGUUUUUCCA